AUGAGCCAGCGGAACAAGCGAGCGAAGUGGUUUCCAGACCUUCGACAGCCUCCCCCCGCUCCUGUUGAGACCUCUUCGGCUUCUCUGGUACCUGAUGCAUCCUCUGUUCCAACUCGGGCACCACGUCAGCGUAUGACCUUUCUUACGCCUAAGUCACUUCCCAAGGAAGACGAACCUUUGCAGCCAGAUCAGUUGCGCGUGUUGUUUCAAUGCGCACCUGCCAUUCGCAAGUCAUAUCCGCAAUACUUCCGUGGUCAAGGACACCUUCGAACCGAGUAUUAUCCUCUUAUAUUCGAGAGAAACGACAAAGGAGAGCUAUGCUUCCCGGAUGAAGUCAUGGCAUCGAACGUAUCAGGCUGGAAAAAACGACUGAGGAGCUUUGAAAGGCGUCAAAUUAGCGUGCAAUCAUCGAGUGUGCAUUCAAAUGCUCAAGAUGAAGAUUCUCAAGAUGAAGGCUCUCAAGAUGAAGGUGCUCAUGAGCCGGAGCCUCAGCGACAAAUUGCCACGCCAAAUCAAGCAGUGAAGCGACCAGCAAAGCAGACAGAACAACGGCCAUCAGCUGAGAUCAAGAAGAAAAAGCAAAACGACACUAAUACGGUGUCACAAAAUACGGGCAGACGGAAUAUGAGCACACCUAUUCAAAGACGGAACCGUGAUCCUACCCUGCUUAACUCUGGGCUAUCACGGGCCGGAUAUCAACUUGGAGCUCAUGCUCAUGCCCAAGCCCAAGUCAAAGCCAAAGCCAAAGCCAAAGCCAAAGCUAAAGCCGAAGCCGAAGCCCAAUCCCAAGCCCAAUCCCAAGCCCAAUCCCAAGCCCAAGCUCAAGGUCACCUUCAGGUCCAUGUUCAAAGUCAGAACCAACCUCCGCCUGAUGAUUCUCUUUUUGUCGCUCAGCCUGGCCCAACACCACAAGUAUCCCGAACUAUUCCCGAGGGCCAUAUGGAAGAAUUUUCUGCCUUAUUCACCGUCAAUGAAUUAAUUGCCAACGAGAAUGAUUUUCUUGGACAAGGCAGAGAAAUUAUCCCCCAGUCUGGCCCGAACGUACCAUUCCAAGUUGAUCAAAACAAUGGCAUGCAACUGGUCAAUUCAGCUCCCACUAACUACCAAGAUCUCGCCCGUAUGGAGUCUUUUCUAGAUCUCAAUCAAGCGAGAGUUCUGCCGAAGCCACCUGAGCCGAGACCUCUGCACUACCCUGACAUUUUUCAUCCUAAGGGACUGAUGGAAUUCAUCCGCUCUAUCACUGUGCAGAUUAAUCGGCUCAAUAAAGCUCUUCUCGAAAGACAUGCUUGGGGUCGAAACCUUGAUCUUCAGGCAUCCAUGACUCGAUCCCUGCUCAGGCUUUAUCAACUUCGAAUGGCAUGCCUUGAGAUGAAUGAUGCUUUUUCGUCGCAAUUCCAUGCUGCACGAAUAUGA